AUGGCGCGAGUCUAUGCAGAUGUCAACACGCAUAUGCCCCGCUCCUAUUGGGAUUAUGAUAGUGUGAACAUAUCAUGGGGUGCAUUGGAGAAUUACGAGGUUGUUCGCAAGAUUGGCCGAGGAAAGUAUUCCGAAGUCUUUGAAGGAAUCAAUGUGGUCAACUAUCAGAAAUGUGUGAUUAAGGUCUUGAAGCCGGUGAAGAAGAAGAAGAUAAAGCGUGAAAUCAAGAUUCUCCAAAAUCUCUCAGGUGGACCGAAUGUCGUCGCUCUUCUCGAUGUUGUCAGGGAUAAUCAAAGCAAAACACCCAGUCUUGUCUUCGAAUUUGUCAACAAUACCGACUUCCGCACUCUCUAUCCUCGCUUUGUCGACUAUGACGUCCGUUACUACAUCUUCGAACUCCUCAAGGCUCUCGACUUUUGUCAUAGUAAGGGUAUUAUGCAUCGGGAUGUCAAGCCACACAAUGUAAUGAUCGAUCAUGAGAAUCGCAAGCUGCGUUUGAUUGAUUGGGGUCUGGCGGAAUUCUAUCACAAAGGCACAGAAUACAACGUACGCGUCGCCUCGCGUUACUUCAAGGGACCCGAGCUCCUUGUCGAUUUCCAGGAAUACGACUACUCUCUUGAUAUGUGGUCUCUCGGUGCGAUGUUUGCUUCUAUGAUUUUCCGCAAGGAGCCUUUCUUUCACGGUAUCAGCAACGCCGACCAGCUUGUGAAGAUCGCCAAAGUACUCGGUACCGAAGAACUCUUUGAAUACCUUGACAAAUACGACAUCGAGUUAGACUCCCAAUAUGACGACAUUCUAUCGCGCUAUCCCAAGAAGCCAUGGCAUUCAUUUGUCAAUGCCGAGAACCAACGAUUCGUGAGCAAUGAAGCCAUCGAUUUCCUUGACAAGUUGCUUAAAUACGAUCAUGCGGAACGUCUUACUGCGCAAGAAGCAAUGGCUCAUCCAUACUUUGCCCCUGUCCGCGCGGGUGCUGCGGGCCAAAACAGUGCUACCGCUCCACAGUCUUAG